AUGACAGAAGAAACAUUAGUAUUUGAAGAUUACCUGGACGAUGAUUUAUUUUCUGGAAAUAGCAGUGGAAUUGGAGAAGGGGGAGGAAUUAACACCCCAACUAGCGCAACUACACCACCAUGGGGAAGCAUUAUAGCCCGUAUUAUAAUCUGUGUAAUCGGAGUUUUCGGCAACAUUCUUGUUAUAAUUUUCAUUAUUGCUUUAAAAGAAUACAGAAGAGCGGCAUCACAUUGGUACGUCCUUCAGCUUGCAAUCGCAGAUUUAAUAUUUCUCCUUACUCUACCAUUCAAAAUAUCUGAAGAUAUAAACGACGUAUGGAUAUUCACAAGUGGAAUGUGCAAAGCUAAAGAAACUGUAUUAUUUCUCAACUACUAUGCUUCCAUAAUAUUUCUCACGGUCAUGAGUGUGGACAGAUAUGUAGCAGUGUGUCACACUUAUCCACCUUUUAUGAAGAAAUUCAAAUUCACAGCUUCUGUAACAGUAAUAGUAUGGAUAGCUUCUCUCAUAAUGUGUAUACCGAUCAUGAUGUACAGCGAUGUUACUGGAUUGCAUCCAACAAAAUGUAGAUGCGGAUAUGUAUUUCCAAAACCGAUGCAAACGCCUGAAGAAUGGUGUGUUUCAAAAAAUUUUGUCUCCGAAGAAGCUUUUGCUGACUGUAUCACUUGGGCACCGGUUGGUGCAGAAAUAAACAAAUGCAAAGGCCUGGACACAAAUUCAAACGUUGAAAGCAGCGAAAUCGUUUCACAUUUAAAAGAAGAUCCAAAUUCAUGGGGAACGCUAUAUGAAGAUGAUGAUUUAAUUUAUGCUGAUGAUGAUAUUACAGCAGAAGAUGACAUAACUACGAUCUCUUGUAUGACUUUGGAAGGAAUAGAAUGGAGAGCAUAUGUCUACUUCAAUUUUGUGAUCAUGUUUCUUGUACCAUUCAUUGUCAUAUCUCUGUGUUAUGGAAUGAUUGGAUACCGGCUAAAACGCACUUUGAUGGCAACAUCAUCCAGGGCAGACAGAGAUAGAAAAAAGAUUACAGCGAUGUGCGCAGUCCUUGUCGCUAUAUUUGUGAUAUGUUGGCUUCCAUUUCAUGCCGUACAUGUUGCAAAGAUUCGUGGAAUAAACGCGAGCAUUGAGAGCAACUUGUGCGCUGUCCUACCAGUGAUAACGUCACUUCUUGCGUAUUUGAAUGCAGCCAUAAACCCUUAUUUGUACAACUUUAUUGGAAGUUUCAAAAAGAGAUUCAGACAACUUAUCGGAAGAACAAGAACAUCUAUAACUUCUUCACUGAGUUCAAGACCGAAAGAAAACUCCCGGAAGCUAUCGGCCAGAUCGUCAGUGGCAUGAAUGCAGAAAUAACUGAUAAUCAAUUUAGUUUUAGAGAAUAACAACGUAUUUUGUUGUUUGUUUUGUCGUUUAGGCAUAACUAUCGAUCAAAUUUCGCUAAUGAUAGCUAAAAUUGACAUUGAUAGUAAAAUUCAACGAAGUAAUAAAACCAAUACCACGCAGAACACCCUCUAAUUACGUACUCUCGUCGGUACUAUAUCAGAUAGCUUUCAUCUAUAACUUCAUUUGCAAGUUGGAAUUUGUAACCGCACUUCUCAGAGCAGAAGAAUGAGAAGCAGAAUAACAAAUUAGAAGAGAAAAUCCUCAACAAAAUCAUACCUACGCGUGCCUGAAUUUUUAUCUUUUAUUUUUUAAAUUCAAACUCUUUCAAUUUGCAUUUUAAAUAUUUUAUCAUGUAUA